AACCAGCGUAUACUGGAAACGUGUCGAUAAACAAAUCGGUUCGAGGUCAUAAUUCCAUUUAUUUCAAGCCUUUCCGACUGGUUAAGAUGUUUAACACCAAACAAACGCGAGCCGCUCGAAUGUUUGCGAUAGUUAAAUAAGAGUAAUUGCUUCACAAUGUUUGGAACCACCGUGUUUUGCUGAGCGAGCUUGGCAAGCUAACAGGUUACCGAGGCAACGAGAGUCCACCGUGACGCGACGUCUGGAGCUUUUCUGCCCUCUAAAGUGACAAAAGUUAUCUGAACACACUGUCCAUAUGGAGGAGGUCUAGAAGCUAGACGAUCCUCAACAAUUAAUUUAACUCCUCCAGUCUCAUGAAGUUGGUCCAUAAAAUGACGGCAGGUGACUAAAUGGAGCAGUACAGCAUUCUGGGUCGCAUCGGGGAAGGAGCUCACGGCAUCGUGUUCAAGGCCAAACACGUGGAGACGGGAGAAACGGUGGCGCUGAAGAAGGUGGCUCUCAGGCGUUUGGAGGACGCCAUUCCCAACCAGGCCCUGCGGGAGAUCAAGGCCCUGCAGGAGAUUGAGGACAACCAGCAUGUGGUGAGGCUGAAGGACGUCUUCCCGCACGGCACCGGCUUUGUCCUGGUCUUUGACUUCAUGCUGUCUGACCUCUCUGAGGUCAUCCGCAACUCCCGGCGACCUCUGACCCCGGUGCAGGUCAAAGGUUACAUGCUGAUGCUUCUGAAGGGUGUGGCCUUCCUGCAUCAGAACAACAUCAUGCACCGGGACCUGAAGCCCGCCAACCUUCUCAUCAGCUCAUCGGGACACUUGAAGAUUGCCGAUUUUGGUCUGGCUCGCCUCCUCAGCCGGCAAGAGGAGCGACUCUACAGCCACCAAGUGGCCACAAGGUGGUAUCGUGCUCCUGAGUUGCUGUAUGGGGCCAGGAAGUAUGACGAGGGCGUCGACCUGUGGGCAGUCGGUUGCAUUUUCGGGGAGCUGCUGAACUCGUCCCCUCUGUUUCCUGGUGAGAACGACAUCGAGCAGCUGUGUUGUGUCCUCCGGGUGCUCGGGACACCCACGUGUGACACCUGGCCUGAGAUGGCAGAGUUGCCCGAUUACAAUAAAAUCACCUUCAAGGAGAACCCCGCCAUCCCAUUAGAGGAGAUCGUUCCCGACUCCUGCCCCCACGCCAUCAGCCUGCUCUACAACUUCCUGGUUUACCCAUCCAAGCGGCGAUGCCCCGCCCGGCAGGCUCUCCUCCAUCCGUACUUCUUCUGCUCGCCUCUUCCCGCCCACCGCUCGGAGCUGCCCAUCCCUCAGAGGGGCGGCGGGCACCGCCUCCACCCGCGGCCGCAGGCGGCGCCUGCCGACUUCUCGGCGGACGCGCCCCUGAGCGACAGCCUGGUACAGCCCGCGCUGCUGCGGGGACAUGCCUCUUGCCUGUGA